AGAGCUGGUAUUUAUGGAAUUCACAAAGUUGAAUAAGAAAAGUAUUUUGGAAAGUGAAAUAUAUAGUGUUUAUGGAAGAAGCAGCAUGAGGUAGGAGCAUCGAAAUUGGCGGCUACGCACAAAUGGCCCUCCCAAAUUUACACUUUUCAAAUCUUUCACCCUUCAAAUCCUCAAUUUCUCAUCUCAUCUCAGCCCUAAUUCAUUGAUUCCAUUCCAUUUCGAUCCAAGAAGCACCAAAUCAUUUUCUAUGGCGUCGUUCCGCAGCAGGAGUCUUCCGUUUGCCUCUUCGCGUCUGAUGCAGAGCACGAAUCCUGUGCAUUCUGGAGCUGUGGAAGGGGUGGGUGGGAACAUACUACGCAGAUUUAGAUCCAUUAUCACUACAGAGGAGCGGGUGCAGAAAUUGGAGAAGGAAGGGACCCAUAUCUUGCAAGAGGAAAUUGCCAAUAUUCGGCAGGCAUUUACUGCUGCGAAAGACAAGUUCCUCAAAAUACCAGAUGCGCUGAAAGAAAUGCCCAAAUUAGAUCCUAAAGGCAUAUAUGUCAAUAAGAACUUGAGAUUGGACAACAUACAAGUGUACGGGUUUGACUAUGACUACACAUUGGCACACUAUUCUGCCCAUUUACAGUGCUUAAUAUAUGAUAUGGCGAAAGAGUAUUUGGUUAAUGAGCUUAGAUAUCCUUGUAGUUGCUUGGAGUUCAAAUAUGAUAAUUCAUUUCCAAUAAGAGGGCUGUAUUAUGACAAGUUAAAAGGAUGCCUGAUGAAGCUGGAUUUCUUUGGAGCAAUUGAGCCUGGUGGAUGCUAUUUUGGCAGACGCAAGCUUACCCGAUCAGAAAUUGACAAAUUAUAUGGCACAAGGCAUAUUGGUCGUGAUCAAGCACGGGGUCUUGUGGGUUUAAUGGACUUCUUUUGCUUUAGUGAGGCAUGCCUUAUUGCUGAUAUUGUUCAACAUUUUGUUGAUGCUAAGCUGGAAUUUGAUCCUUCUUAUGUUUACCAAGACGUCAACCAAGCAAUCCAGCAUGUACAUAGAAGUGGCUUAGUACAUCGAGGAAUCCUUUCUGAUCCACAAAAGUACCUUGUAAAGAAUGGACAGCUACUUCGUUUCCUGAGAAUGCUAAGAGAUAAGGGAAAGAAGCUUUUCUUACUGACAAACUCUCCUUUUUAUUUUGUGGAUGGAGGAAUGCGCUUCAUGCUGCAGGACUCAUUGGGAGACCAAGACUCCUGGAGGGAACUUUUUGAUGUCGUGAUUGCUAAAGCCAACAAACCGCAGUUCUAUACGUCAGAGCAUCCAUUUCGCUGUUAUGAUGUGGAAAAGGACACAUUGGCUUUUACUAAGGUGGAUACUUUUCUUCCGAACAAGAUAUACUACCAGGGAUGCUUGAAGGCUUUCUUGAAAAUAACUAAGUGGAAUGGUCCUGAGGUGAUGUACUUUGGGGACCAUUUAUUUAGUGACCUGAGAGGGCCUUCAAAAUCAGGGUGGCGCACAGCUGCCAUAGUGCACGAAUUGGAGAAUGAGAUACGGAUCCAGAAUGAAGACAGUUAUCGUUUUGAGCAGGCGAAGUUACAUAUAAUACAAGAGCUUCUAGGGAAACUGCAUUCUGCUGUUGGUAAGGGCGACGAAUGUGAAGAAUACACAUCUCUUCUUCAGGACCUCAACAACGAGAGACAGAAGGCACGUCAGACUAUGAAAGACAUGUUUAAUAGGUCCUUCGGAGCUACAUUCUUGACGGACACAAGUCAAGAAUCUGCAUUUUCUUACCACAUCCAUCAAUAUGCUGAUGUUUACACCAGCAAGCCUGAAAACUUCUUGUUUUAUCGUCCCGAGGCAUGGCUGCAUGUGCCUUAUGAUAUAAAGAUCAUGCCGCACCAUGUGAAGGUAUCUUCGAGCUUAUUCAGUAGGUGAUCGAUACGCACUCAGAACCCUCGAAUGGAAAAGAGAAGCAAUGACCUACCAGUGCAGUAUCACUUGAGUCUGAAAUUAUUCCCAUACACACAGUUGGCUUACAGUCAUUAAUCAAAGCAAUACUUGAGAAGAUUGUCUUCCACCUUUGACGGCCAAGAUUCUUCUAUCCAUUCGUUCAUUUUUUGACAACGUAGUUUGCAACUGAGUUAAUGUAUAAUCUCGUUUAGUUUAGAGAAUUUAUGAUGAUUUUUUUUCUGCAUCGUCAUAUUUAGUGUCGCAAUAAUGUCCGAAUUAGUCAUGUUAUAGUAUGACGUAUGGCUUAUUAAUAUUGUAGCAUCAA